CAGUGCUCAGAGUAAGCGAUAGCGAUGGCGAGUAAGGAUGCAAUUCAUCCAGCAGCAGCAACAUCACCAAGACCAGGUGAUCCUUACGUUCCAGGGGACUCCACCGCUGCUUUGCCAGGCACCGGGAGCUACUUCAGGCGUUUCCAGAUGAGAACGAUCACUGGAAACAUCUCCGAGGAUCACCUGGACAAAGUUACGAUCAACUUGGCUGUGUAUGGAGCUGGCUUGGUACUCGUUGGCCUGGUGGCUAUCGUCUUCCCCCUGAGCUUCACGCUGGCUAUCGGCAAGUUGAUCUCUUGGCUGCUCGUGUUUGGCGGUGCUAUGGCUCUCAUCCAGUUCUUCUUCAUGUGUGGAGCACCUGGGACUAGCUCUUUCUUGUUGCUGGGAGCUCUCUAUAUGAUCGUCGGGCUACUGAUGGUCAUCCAUCCUCUACGCAGCGGCACCUUGCUCAUCGUCGUCAUGGCUAUGUGGUUUCUUCUUCAUGGGGUGUUCAAGGCUGUGAUGGCCUCCCAGGUCCGGAACUUCGCGACUUGGCCGACUUUGAUGGGAAGUGGUGUUAUAUCCGUGGUACUAGCAUUUUUAGUGCUACUCCUGGCACCGCGCUUGGGCCUGGUAACGCUUGCUGUCGUAUUUGGUAUGGAUUUGCUUCUAUCAGGUGUUUCAAUGCUGCUCCUCUCGUGCGUAGCUUUCUUCGGCAAGAGGUCCAUUAGUGUUCCUCCGGCCUCUGCCGUGGGUGCCAGGGAGCCAUUAAUGUCCGGCAUGAGCCAUGCAGCGGCGUCGGCUUAAAAAGAUAUAAGGUUCUUCCAGUCCAGUCUGUGAAAUCGAGUCGUUUUCUUGAAUGUAAUUGUUUGGAAAUAUUUGUUGUACU